AUGAUUCUGAUUUACAAAAAGAUCAAGAAGCACAAUGAGAGGAAAAAGCUCGAGACGCAACAAACAGGGACGGCUAGUGCCAACAGAAAUGAAUUCUCGGAGCCCACUACAUCCGCCAUUUCGAAAGAGAAGAAGACUAUCUCACCAGAGGAAGCAGCCGAAAAGAAACGACGACGCACUUACCGAUGGAAAAUUAUCCUGGGCCUCUUUGCACCAUUCUGUCUUCAGUCUUUGGAUACAACAAUUAUUGCGUCGGCACUUCCCUAUAUUGCAGAGGACUUUGAUCAGAUCAGCCAACUAAACUGGAUCAUCUCGUCUUUCAACUUGACCUCCGCCGCCUUCCUGUUCUUCUGGGCCCAGCUCACCGACCUAUUCGGCAGACAUAAUACACUCCAAGCUGCUAUCUUUGUUAUGAUCAUUGGAUCGGCGAUCUGUACUGGUGCCCCAACAUCUACCUUCAGCGUUCUCCUUCUCGGCCGUGCCCUGCAAGGCGUAGGUGCUGCGGGAGUCAAUAUCUCCAUCCGCACAAUUCUGGCAGAUGGAAUCUCGCUUUCAGAAUACGCACUCAACUGGACUAUUUUCGCCCUCGUCUCCGGAGUCGGAUUCAGCGUUGGACCCGUCAUUGGCGGUUACCUGACUACCACUUCGUGGCGAUGGUGCUUCGCCAUCAACCUGCCCAUCGGUGUCGUAGCCAUGAUCGUGGUUGUUUUUGUCCUUCGAAGAGACCUUCAGGGUCCGCAGGAACUCACGCAACUCGAAGGUCGUGACAUGUCGACAGGCCCUCGUCGCUUCCUCGCUCGUCUGUUGACCAUUGACUAUGGUGGACAACUACUUUUCCUCUGGGGAUUCGGGUUGCUGAUUCUGGCCCUAACUUGGGCUGGCGGCAAUUACUCCUGGAAAUCAGCAGCUGUGCUAGCUCCGAUUAUCAUCGGUGGAAUCCUGGCUAUUGCCUGGGUUGUAUAUGAGCGCUGCAUGGUGCCAGGAUCUUUGAUGGCUCGUGCCUUGCCGAAACAAAAGGCUAUGAUCCCAUGGGAUGUACUAUCCCAGCGAGACAUUGGCUUACUAUUCGUCGUCAAUUUCUCUAUUGGCGUUGCCGAGUUUGCGGUGAUGUAUUUCAUGGUCUUGUACUUUGCUCUCGUAGAGAAGCGAAGCUCAAGUGAAGCCGGAAUCUCACUCCUCUACUUUUUGCCCGGCAUAGGUGUCGGCGCCUACAUGGCCAUGUUCUCAUCCAACGUCUGGCCACGCCAGACACUCCCAGCCCUCCUCUUAGGCAGUAUCACCUCCUCAGUCGGUAUAAGCGUCCUUGCCUGGGCCGUUCAUGCCGGAAAGACUACCGUCAUUUACGGCAUGAUGGCACUUGUCGGCCACGGCGUUGGAAUAAGAAUGAAUCCGGCCUCGCUCCAUGGACUAGCGUAUUUCCCCACGAUGACGGCUCAAAUCUCAUGUUUGGUGUCAUUCGCCGUUCCAUUUGGAGGUCUUGUGGGACUGACUAUAAUGUCAACGGUAUUUACCAACAAGAGCGGAUUGGAUCAGGUGGAUCCCCAGCGUGGAAUUAUGUGGGCUUUCAUUGCGAUGGUGCCUGUCAUGUGGCUCUCAGUUUUGUUAACCACGUUCCUUGGAAAUGUGUGGAUUCGAAAAGACGGUGGACAUGAAGUUGUCGAUGGAGCUUAUCUCUGGAGCUUCAUCACAAGGAAGAAAUUGGAACGGAAGAGAAGAGAUCGGGAGCACCAUGAACUGAUAAAUCUUGGCAUUCAAAAGAAUGGGGAAGGCUAUGUCGAGAUGGGACUGGAGCAGACUGCUGCGACUCGCUCUACGAAUUGA